AUGGUGACCCAUGGUACCAAAGUUACCCAACUGAUGACCCUUUCGGAGGAAGAUAAGACAAUGAUUACAUCACUUAAACAGGAAGUUGAAAAGGCCUGGAAACUUUUGGAUCAAAACCAAGAAAAAGAAAAACGUUACAAAGAGACAGUUGAGUCACUGAAGGUUGAAAUUGGAAAUCUGAGUCGUUUGGUGCAACAAGGAGAGGGUUUGAGCAUGACACAGGAUGAAAGCCUACAAAAUGUUCAAGUUGUUAAGGAUGGUAUCAUGAGUGAACAUGAUGAGCUUAUCACAGAUAUUUCUUCUCUGCGUGCUGAACAGACCAAAUUGUCCCAAGCCAAGCAGGAACUGGAAGUUAAAUUGGAAGAAGCAGAAGAUAAAAUUACAGAGCUUCAGCAUGAUAUUCAAAUGCGUAAAUCUGAAUCUCAGCGUGAAGCACGCAAAAAAGACAAAAUGGAACGUGAAAUGAAACAGAUAGAAGAAGAACUGGAGAAUAUCACUAAUGAAUUGAGGUCUGUUCAGAGUCAGAAGGAGAAAUACAAAAUGGAGGUGAUGGAUAGAGAAAAUAACUUGGAAGAAAUGAAAAUGACUUUGGAAAGAAAUGUGCGAGAUAACAAGGCACUAGAGACUAAACUUCACAAAGCAGAGAUGGACUACAAAAAUCAAUUGGACAUUGCAGAACAAAUGAACCAUGAAAUUGUUUACAACACUCAAGAACUAAAGAAAAGAGAAGAUGAAAUAGCCAGUUUAAAGCGUGAGAAUGAUCGUCUGACAAAGGCAAAAGAUAAUCUUACCAGAAAAUUGAAGAGCCUGGAAGAUUCUAAACUUGAAGUGGACAAAGACAAAGACAUCUUAAAGACAAAUAUUGGAAGUCUUGAAAAAGCUAUGGAGAAAAUGAAGAAAGAUGCUGAACAGGAGCAUAAAACAGUAGAUACCUUGACAAAAAAGAGGGAUUUAUUAAAUAAGGAACUUCUCAAAGCUGUGACAAUGCGUCAGAAACAUCUGAAUCAGGUGAAAUUACAUGAACAAAACAAAAAGAAUUUGGAACAGGAGAUUAGCAACCACAAAGAAGAAGCUCAGAAGCAGCGGAAACUGAUUUACCAACUUGAAAAAGAAAGAGAUAGAUAUAUUAAUGAAGCAAGUGACUUAACACAAAAGGUUCUACAAUUGAUGGAAGAUGUUAAGAUGAGAGAAAUGCAAAUUUUUGAUUUUAAGAAGAAAAUUGCUGAAGCGGAGACAAAGUUGAAACAACAACAAAAUCUUUAUGAAGCAGUUCGCAGUGAUAGGAACCUGUAUAGCAAACAUCUGAUUGAAUGUCAAGAUGAAAUUACAGAAAAGAAGCGUAAAUUGAAAAUCAUGAAUCAUCAAAUUGAUCAACUGAAAGAGGAAAUCCAAUCCAAAGAGAGUGGGCUGGUUCAAGAACACACAGCUCGACUAAGAGUGGAAAAAGAGAAAGAUGCACUUAAAGUUGAACUUCAGAAGAUGAAAAUCAAAGCUGCUGAAACAGAUGCCUACAUUAACACCCAAGAGGCUGAGAAGAGGAAAUUGAAAAAAAUCAUCAUGGAUGCUGAUGUAGAAAGAUGUCGUCAGAAGAAGGAGCUGGAUCAGGUAAUUAGUGAACGGGAUAUUCUUGGUACUCAACUGGUUCGUCGAAAUGAUGAGCUGAGGUUAUUGUUUGAGAAGAUCAAGAUCCAGCAGUCAACAUUAGAAAAAGGAGAAAUUCAGUAUGAUCAACGUCUAGAGGAUAUCCGGAUCCUAAAAUUGGAGAUUAAGAAGAUACGAAGGGAAAAAAUGAUCCUGGAAAAAUCUGUUGCUAAUGUCAAUGAUCUUCGUCAAGAAGUGUAUGAGACACAAAAAGAACUGCUAAGGGAACGUACUCGCUGCAAAGCUUUGGAAGAAGAACUAGAAAAUCCUCUUAACAUCCAUCGUUGGAGAAAAUUGGAGAGUAGUGAUCCUACUAUGUACAAAAUGAUUCAGAGAACACAUGCCCUGCAGAAAAGACUCAUCAAAAAGACAGAGGAAGUGGUUGAAAAGGAACUUCAAAUACAGGAAAAGGAGAAACUCUACAUUGAGUUGAAACAUAUUCUGGCUCGACAGCCUGGUCCAGAAGUGGCUGAACAACUCUCUAUUUAUCAGCAAACAUUCAAGAAUAAAGUUAAACAGAUGAAGGUCAUGGCUGCUGAGCUGACAAUGUUUGAAGCACAAGCCAGUGAAGACAAGUAUGAAAAAGAGAAACUUGCUAGAGAGUUGCAGGAAGUGAAGAAGAAAUACUUCAUGCAGAAAAAAAAGGAAGAACAACAAAAAGAAAAAGAAUAUGCACUUGCACGAAAUGGACUGCCACUGAUUCAGCCACACAAGCAAUCAGGUCCACGUUUUACUGGGGCUGGUUUCAAUUUGCGACCAGAUAAGACUGCAGCCUGA